AUGGCAGUACAAUCUGUUACAGGAAGUGCUCCCCACAACCUGCCCUUCUCGGAUGAGGGCAACCCACUAGCUGGGCGGAGUACCGAGAUUCCGAACGAUGACGACCUUGGCGAACAACGGACUGCAUUUAGGUGGACGGAGGAAUUACGAGCCGAUCUCUUGAUGUGCUAUAAUAACAGUGAACCGGAGCGGAGAGGCUACAUGGCGAGGAUGCAUGCUCUCUGGAGCAAUAUGCAUCCUAACUACAGCCAUCUGUCACAACAACAUCUCAGAGACUAUGCCUCUCAUCUCCGGCGAACACGGAGAUCACUGUUAAGGAACAGACGAUUAUCUCAUCGUCUGUCUUUUCCAGCACAGUUACAUCAAGAGAGACGCCGUUCUUCUGAAGACGCUGACAAUGAUUUUGAAAGGCGACAAACAUCUGUUUCUGGCGAUUCCCCAUCCAUCGAGCAAGUAGAAGCUUUCUGGUCCGAGUUGUAUGGUGAUCAACCGAACGUGAAUCGUGACACUCCAGCUCUCAACGACUUCGAAGCAUUUUGUCGACAACAUCGCAACGACAAUGCUGAUGAAGAGAGCCCCGAAGUCAGCGUGAAAGAAAAUAAUAAUAAUAAUAAUAAUAAUAAUAAUAAUAAUAAUAAUAAUAAUAAUAAUAAUAAUAAUAAUAAUAAUAAUAAUAAUAAUAAUAAUAAUAAUAAUAAUAAUAAUAAUAAUAAUAAUAAUAAUAAUAAUAAUAAUAAUAAUAAUAAUAAUAAUAAUAAUAAUAAUAAUAAUAAUAAUAAUAAUAAUAAUAAUAAUAAUAAUAAUAAUAAUAAUAAUAAUAAUAAUAAUAAUAAUAAUAAUAAUAAUAAUAAUAAUCCACUCAACAGUUCACCUAUUGCAUCUUCUAACCCAUACACUCGCACAUUCAAUCAAGACAAUCUAAAUCUAAACGCACUAGCUCAAGAAUUUGUUUCAUACUCACAUGGAUCGUUGAAUAAAGAAGAAGCACAUCAAGACGUUAGUGCUUCAUCAUCAGGAAAGCGUAAAAGAGGACAUCCAACAAACCUGGCAGCGCUGAAAGCUGGCGCUAGUUCCACCAGCUCAAUUACUGAGUAUCUUCUUAAAACCAUUUCCAUAGGAAAUAAUCCCGCUAGCUCAACACCUGUCUCACCAACAGCAACUUCUCCUCCGUCAAAAAUUCUUCGCUCAUCGUCUUCAUUUCCACCUUUUUGUCAUAAAAGUGCUAAUUCUUCAAUAUCAGACUUGUCACUCACAUUAGAAAUGUCGCAUAUUGCUCCCGUUUCACUAGCAGAUGUUCUGUCAACCUUAGAGAGAUGGAGAUCAGAAGAUAACGCAGAACAGGAAAAAAAAUGA